UAGGGAAAGGAUAGAAUGAACACUAACGCCAAAUUCACGAAUGACUGACUGCCCUCACGUGGCGGGAUCUGAUCGAUUAAAUUGUUUGUUUGUUUGUAUUGAUGAUUAGGCAUUGGCAUCAGCCGUUGGACGAUCAAAGCAAAGAGAGGGGAAUCUCUGUGUGUUCCUGUCGUCUCCGUUCUCCCCAUUCUGAUACCAAGUCACUACCCGACAAUCCCACUCCAUUAAACGACAAGCCUGGAGAAUUCUCCACAAAUCGCAUAGAUUCUCUGCAACGUCAACCCUUGUCCUUUUCAAAUAAUGGCAUCAAACAAUCGGCUGCCAAGUCCGCGCUUUUCGUUAUAAAAUCCAGCACUGCACACAAGGUGUUUGUUUAUAUGCCUGAAUGAGCGAGUGGCGUUAGAUGGACAGCAGCGAGGCGAGCUGAGCUUCAAUGGCGACUGAGACGGGAGAGUGUGGAGAAGAAGGAAAACGAGGUGGAUGUCUGAUGGUGUUGGUUAUUGGUGUUCUAGUCAUGGCGGCUUCUUUCAUCACUUUGAGUAAAAGUUUCAAACAUGCCGAUUUCUUUCCUUAUCCUUUGCGGCGACAUUCGAUGAUUGUCCAAAAGUAUGGCGAUGCUCUCGCCAUUGCUCUGCAGUUUUUCGAUGUCCAGAAAUCUGGGAAGCUGGUGAACAAUAGGAUUAGUUGGAGAGGCGAUUCGGCGUUGAACGAUGGAAGAGAAGCGAAUUUGGAUUUGUCGAAAGGAUUAUUCGAUGCCGGGGAUUUGAUCAAGUUUGGAUUCCCUAUGGCAUUCACUGCCACAAUUUUGGCAUGGUCUAUUCUUGAAUAUGGACACCAUAUGAAGGAGAUGAAGGAGCUAGAAAAUGCUCGGGAUUCGCUGAAAUGGGUCACCGAUUAUCUCAUCAAUGCGCAUCCGUCGCCCAAUGUUCUCUAUGUUCAGGUCGGCGAGCCCGAGCUAGACCACAAAUGCUGGGAAAGACCCGAGAAUAUGACUGAGAGAAGACCCUUAUCGCAAGUGAAUACAUCAUAUCCCGGAUCAGAUGUCGCUGCAGAAACUGCAGCAGCAAUGGCGGCCGCCUCUCUAGUUUUCCGGCCUAUAAACUCUUUGUAUUCGAAGCUGCUUCUCCGGCACGCUCGAGAACUGUUUAGUUUUGCAGAUACUUAUCGAGGAUCUUACAGCAUCAGUGUUCCACAAGUUCAGGGCUUCUACAACUCGAGCGGAUACUUUGACGAACUCCUGUGGGCGGCUGCUUGGCUUUAUCAUGCUACUCGAGACGAGUCAUAUCUCAGAUACGCGACUGUGGAAGGAGAUUUUUUCGCGAAUUGGGGAACGCCGACAUGGCUUAGUUGGGAUAACAAACUUGCCGGAACUCAGGUUCUACUGUCUAGAGUGAACUUUUUCGGGUCGAAAGAUAUUAAAGGAGAUGAGAAUAUAGCUCUCCAGCUUUAUCGAAGAACUGCUGAAGCUGUUAUCUGUGGACUCAUGCCGAAUUCUUCAUCAGGAACGGCUAAAAGAACGAAAGGUGGCCUAGUGUGGGUCGACGAAUGGGAUGCUUUACAAUACUCGGUCGCCUCAGCGUUUCUCACGCUUGUUUACAGCGACUAUAUGCUAACUUCGUCGACGAAAUAUUUGUAUUGCAAUGAUGAUCUUUACGAGCCUAGGGACCUUCGUAGUUUUUCUAUAGCGCAGGUGGAUUACGUUUUAGGCGACAAUCCGAUGGAGAUGAGCUAUCUUGUAGGCUACGGGAGCAAGUACCCGGCAUACGUGCACCAUAGGGGUGCAUCGAUCCCGGCAGAUGCCAAUACAGGGUGCGGUGAUGGAUUCAAGUGGCUGAACUCGACGGAUCCCAAUCCAAAUGUAGCCGUCGGGGCGCUUGUCGGAGGACCCUUUUUCAACGAUAGUUAUAUAGACUCGAGGAACAAUACUUUACAAGCUGAACCGACAACGUACAAUAGCGCUCUUUUGGUUGGUCUCCUUUCCGGGCUCGUCGCUUCUUCUUCGAUAGCUCGGUCGCUGUUAUGACUUAUGAGUGUUGUUUUUGCUCUUACCAGCAAACUUCCUGUGUAGAUAAAUCAUUGAUCUAAUCUUAUAGGAUUGCAAAAUUCAACCACUUGAUCUCGAAUUAGAUCUUCUAUAAAUUAUGAGAUCAAUGUAAAUACAUUUAAGCAUGGAACUAAAUGAAAUAUACUUGCAUCUAA